AUGGACACCAACAAUCCUAUUCUUGACACUGAAGAUGCAAUGGAUCCAAGCAGGAGAUAUGGUACAGCUGACCCAACAAAAAGAUACAAAUUUACUUGCAAAUUUUGUGUAAAGUCAACUUCUGGAGGAGUAUACCGACUAAAACAACAUUUAGUCGUAGGUUUCAAAAACUAUAAAAGAUGCCCAAAGUGUCCAGAGCAUGUGCGGGAAGAAGUGAAGAACUAUAUGAUCCAGAAAGAAGCAGAAAAAAGUGCAAGAACUACUGACCAUUCAAAUGUAGUGACACUUGAUGACUAUGAUGAAGAUGAUGAUGGCGUGGGACAAGGAAGUAGCAAGCCUCCACCUAAAAAACCAAGACAAAAGGGUCCUCUAGACAAGUUUUAUGCCACUUAA